AUGGCUCUGUUCCCUCAACUACUGCUCUUUUUCUUAUCUGCACUUCCAUAUCAGCAUUUGGCCAGAGGUGAUACAUGCCGUGACUGCUUCAUCCAAUCUAGGGCAGCUUACUACCCGGAUUCUGAUACACAAGGAACAGAGUCUGGUGCAUGCGAGUAUGGCACUUUUGGAGCAACACUUAAUGGCGGGGAUGUUUCAGCAGCAUCUAAGCUUUAUCGAAACGGUGUGGGUUGUGGUGCAUGCUAUCAGGUGAGAUGUAUUAAUGCCAAAUUCUGCUCAAACAACGGUGUUACAAUAGUUAUUACAGAUUUGGGUGCAAGUGGCGAUACUGAUUUUAUUCUUAGCCAGCAUGCCUUUGCUAGGAUGGGCCAAAAUGCUGAUGCAGGUACAUCCCUUCUAGCUCUCGGUUUCAUCGGCAUCGAGUAUCAGAGGGUUUCUUGCAGCUACACAAACAGGAACAUUGCCUUCAAGAUUGACCAGAGCAGCAACUACCCUUACUACUUUGCUUUUCAAAUUUGGUAUCUUCAAGGGAACAAGGAUAUAAUAGCAGUUCAAUUGUGUGAGACUGAAAAAUUAACAUGUAAGUUGUUGGAGAGAAGCCAUGGAGCAGUGUGGGCAGUGGCAUCCCCACCAAGUGGAACUCUCUCUGUGAGGAUGCUACUGAGUGGAAGCGAUGACGGAGAUGAAUCAUGGGUCGUGCCUCCCAAUAAUAUACCGCAAAAUUGGACUUCUGGAGUCAUAUAUGAUUCUGGAAUACAAGUUUAGUGGCAACUACGGCAGUAUUAGCUAGAUGCUUUUAACACCUUAUAACAAUUGAUAUCUUAUUUAUUCCAUAGUUGCUCGCAAAUUAUCAAAAAGAUUUCAAAGGAAAAAAACAAAUUCAAAUAUCAAAAGUAUGAAAUGUAUUUGUCUUGUAUCAAGGGAAAAGGGGCCCAGAAUCA